AUGCGCGUUCCUAUUGCCGUGCAGCUAGGGCUGCUGGUGCUGUUCACUGCCCUCGCGGGGCUGGCGGCGCUUGCUAUCGCGACAUGGAUUAACAAUUAUAACUUUGUGGUCGAUGUGAAAUCCGAAAGCCUCCAACUCAUCGCCACGAUAAAAUCCAGUCAGAUCGCUUCCAACUUGGACCUACUCGAGACAACAUGCCGAACCAUCAUCACCCGAAUUUUAGUACAAAACGCGUUGCAGCGCUACUAUGCAGGGAACACAAGUCAGUCAAAUUGGGCGUCAUCUGUUAACGAUGUGCAAUCAGCACUGGGGAGCCGGGGUUUCCUGAGCCUAUACCAAGCGAGUAUUUUCUCAAGAGAGGUCGAAACUGGCGAAGCCACUAGCAGACCACUUCUCAACGUGACGAGCGACGAAGUUCCUGAGAUUACUCUUCCAUAUACCUAUUCUAAUGGUACCGCGGUCUUGUUGGGCGAUGAGGGCCUUGGAUACCCCCCUUCCCUCUACCCCAAUCUGACAAAGGGAGAAAAUUCGAGCGAGAUUUAUGCCUUUGGAGACGUGCCCGUGACGAUAAACACACCACUACUUCUCGGACCCUUAGCGACAAAUUCUUCCUUUUCACUCGUUUCUCUGACAAUUCCAAUCAUCAACAAUACGUCGGCUGCUGAUAUCCUUGGGUAUAUGACGUGA